CCGAGUCUAUCCAAGUCAUUCUCACUGUGACAACGCUAGACACUGGAGUGUCGAAAGACGAGAUACACCCCUAGCGGAACGAGAUUACAUUCUUUACAAGCUAUACUAGUGAGCCGGUUAUUCAAAAUGGAACACAUUCUCGCCCUAAUUCUAUGUGCCUGCAUGGUGGCAACAAGCUCAGCAAAAGCACUAGAUUAUGACGACUUCCUCAUGCAAAGCGAUCCCCACGGCUGGUUUGGGAACUUCGCCUACGACGACCAGGCGCACAGCGUACCGAGAGGUUGUGGAGGAAAGCCGGCCGAUGUCUACCUUGUGAUGGAUACGUCACGUGAUGUCACCCAGGAGGAGAUCGAUCUUCAAAAGCGUUAUUUCAAAGAGCUGUCGUCUCUGUUUUAUCUGGGCCAGAACACCGUCAGACUUGGGGUAGUUUCCUCCGGAAGUAACUCUUUGACUGCAAUCCGACUCGGCAGUUACAAAAAUCCUCAUGAUUUCAAGAAAGCCAUCGACAUCACACCCAGGGUCGGGGGCCAGAGGGACCAUGCGAAGACGUUGGACUAUCUCAGACGAACCGCCUUCGCCCCUGCCGUGGCGAGGCAGAGCGUGGCGCAUGUUGUCAUCUUCAUGACUAACGGAUUUUCUCACAACGCCAUGGCAACUAGGAUUGAGGCCAGGUUGCUUAAAAAGGCGGGAGUCUAUGUGUUCACGGUCAACCUAGGCGGAAGAUGGGACAAGUCCGAGCUGACAGGAAUGGCCUCCAACCCUGCAAGCGACUUCGUCUUCAAUUCCGACGACUACAUCAUCAUCGACCCUCUGAUCAGGCUGCUGAAGAUUCACGAAUGUGAUUAUCAGAUCCAUCCCCCAGCUGCGGAGCCUGAAGCAGCUUGCAGUCCGAAACGGAAAGUCGACAUGGUGUUUGCUGUAGAUCACCUGCACAUCGGUGCUGUCAAAUCAAAACGCAUCCUCGCCUUCAUCGACAGCCUGUUCAGCGACUUUGAACACAGCGAUAACCUCAAAACCGCCCUUCUCCUCAAUCGUCCAGUAUCAACCGGCGUCCUCAGCAACAAGCUCACAGAUGUCACGGAGACGGAACAGGAAAUGGACAGAGUUGCCUUUCCUGAUUUUAGUGCCGUCUUGCGUCGAGCGAGGAGAGCCUUGACUAAGGGCAGACAAUCCGUACAGAAGACAGCUGUGGUGUUUAUGGAUUCUAACGUUCGCAUAACUCCUGCAGUAUUCAAAGAGGCGAAACGGAAUAAAUUCAGGAAGAUCGACACCUAUGUUGUGUACAUUGGUGAUGAUUACAACAAGAGCGACCUUAAACUUAUCAGUAACGGAAAUGACAACAUAAUCAUUGUCCCUAGCUACGGCGAACUGGAAAUCUCUAAAGAGGACGUUUUGACAUCGCUCUGCAAAGGUUUGUGAAACUUCAUCUACGACGAAAUCCGAAACACCUACACACUUUACAGUUCCAAGUAAACACUGAACUCAGGACAGUUCCCUCUAUUGAUGAACCCAUCGCAGACUGGACAUCCACUGCCAAACCUAGAUGGGGAUCUGCGGUUGAACCAGUCGCGACCAAAACGUGGACACUGUAACGCAAUCCACCAUCGCGAUCAAGGAUAUUGUUGCGUGGCAACGACGAUGCAUAUUCGCAUUUGAUGUGACCUCCGUUCGGACAAUGACAAUGAUACCAAAGACAAUGUGGUACUCAGAUCUGAUGUAUCCAUGCACAGCGAUGUGAGGAAUCUCCUCAGGAACCGCUCUAGUCAUUUACAGGAAGCAAUGCUGGACAUUGUUAAGGUUAUCGUGGUAUUUUGGUUACUUUUGUAACACAGAAAUCUCAUUCAUGAUAGUUUUGGUAUUGGUCUUUGUGGGAAAGUCGACAUUGCGAUGGUUUGUACAUAUACGAGCACAAUGUUAGUUGAAUGAUAACACUGUGAGCUUUAAUGUGGACCACACCAGGGUAUUCUUUCAGCCAAGAUUGGUUAGAUUGUGAAAUUGAGCAGUUUUCUCAAUAUUUCUAUAAUUCCCGUUUCAUCAACGGCGCAACAACGCGCCACCACGUCCCACCUAUCUUGUUAAAGGGCAGUGCAAUACACAGAGCGCUUUCCGUCCAUUUCAUGAAUGUCUUGUCUCAUAUUUUGUACUUUUAUACUGUAUUUAUAAGGCGUAAAUGUGAAUGCUGCAAUGGUAAACGGAUGAAAACGCCUUUAGGCGACAUUGGUAAUGGCGUUGUCUUCAGAGGCUCUCCUGGUGCAUGUGUGAUGUGCUUUGUGACUGAACGUUUGACUGAACGUUUGACUGAACGUGUGACUGAACGUGUGACUGUAUGUGUGACUGAAUGUGUGACUGAACGUGUGACUGUAUGUGUGACUGAAUGUGUGACUGAACGUGUGACUGUAUGUGUGACUGUAUGCGUGACUGAACGUAUGAGUGUUUAUGUAAUGUAUAUAAGUCUCUGUGAGACCGGAAGUUCUGUUCGUUGUGCCAUUACAUGUGCCUGUGCCUCUCACUGGUCUUGAACGAAUUCCAUGAAUGUAUGCCAUGUAAAUCUAACUUAUUCAAUUUAAUAAAUCUUGAAUCCACUUGAA